AUGCUGGCGUGUCGCUCCCUGCUGCUCACCUGGGUGCUGCUCACCGCCACGGCCCGAAGCCAGAGCUGGAGACCCUGUACAGACCUGCUUCCUCUUGACCUGCUGGCCAGAGCCUUACCGAUCCCAGGACAAGCCCCACCCACACAGGUGCAGAUGGUUCAGUCCAGAGGGUCCAGAGGUUUCCGAUUGGCUGGUUCCGUGGUGACAGCGCUGAGUUUCCCCUCCUCCCAAAUCUUCACCAACUGUGACUACUUUCCCGCUGAAUUCUCAUUGGUUGCCACCAUCAAGACACAGAGACUGAAACAGAAGAGGAAUGAGUACAUCUUCUCUGUGGUGGAGGAGGAAUCUGAUUUGCUGUUGCUAGGGUUACGUGUCUCAGAGAACCGCCUGCACUUCCUGGUCACGCCCCCAGGUGUCGGUCAGCGGAGCCGGCUGAGCUUUAAAGAUGUUGGACUGGACGACAACCGCUGGCACACAGUGGUACUGGCCAUUACUGGACCGUACGUCACACUGACCAUCGACUGUGGACUGCCCCUGGAGCUUAAACAGGCCCAGUCCUUCCCCAGCACUCUGAGCACCAGAGGGUCCAGGUUCUUCAUCGGCAGCAGAAGGAGGUCAAGGGGACGCUUCUCUGGUUUACUGCGGCAGCUGGUUCUACUUCCUGGUUCAGAUGCCACACCCAGACUGUGUCCGACCCCUGACCCCAGCCUCGCCGAGCUGUCUGUCCCCCAGGUCCUAAAGUCCACCCCACUCCAGCCCAACCACGGUGGACCAGUUUACCCAUAUGAGGCGGAGGCCAGAGUGACUGUGGGGAAUCCUCCUCCAUGUUCAGGACCAGAACGAGGCCAGCUGUGGCUGAACGCUCAGAGGAAAGGCCUGUUCAUCUGUGACGGACUCACAUGGAGGACGCUGCUGCAGAAUCAGGAGCGCUUGGACUACGUGGAGGACUACCAGGAUCUGUACACCAGCUCCGAAACCUUUGACGUCGAGGUGUUCUCCAUCCCGUCUGAAGGCCUGUUCAUGGCUGCGGCCAACAGGGACUCUCGGCCCGGUUCAGGGAUCUACAAAUGGAGAGACGGGUCAUUUCAGCUGUACCAGAACAUCAGCACUCAGGAGGCCCGAGCCUGGAAACACUUCACCAUCGACGACAAGAUUUUCCUGGUAGUGGCGAACUCUCGGGAGGCGGAGCCUGAGCUGUCAGUCAUCUAUCGGUGGAAUCAGCGGCGCCGUCGUUUCCUCCGUCACCAAACACUGGAGACUCACUCCGCUGUGGACUGGGAGGCCUUCCAGAUCCACAACCACAGCUUCCUGGUGGUAGCCAACCACAGACGAGACUCAAACCACAACAUCCACAGUGUGAUCUACAGGUGGAACCCAAGCACAAAGCUCUUUGAGGUGAACCAGACUGUGUCCACGUCCGGAGCAUAUGACUGGGAGUUCUUCUCCGUCGGGCCGUACCACUUUCUGGUGGUCGCCAACACCUUCGACGGUCAGACCACCACCAUCAGCUCUACCGUCUACAUCUGGCUGAACGGCAGCUUCCAGGUCUUCCAGAGCAUCCCGACGGUGGGAGCGACGGACUGGGAGACGUUUCAGAUCGACGGCAGGUUCUUUCUCACCGUCGCCAACAGCCAGAAGGUUUCAGACCGCAGCCAGAGUCUCUACAGCAUCAACUCCACCGUGUACGAACUCAACACGUUCACGCAGACCUUCAUCCGCUUCCAGGACAUCCUCACACACAGCGCUGUGGACUGGGAGUUCUUCACUGUAGGAGAGGAGAAGUUCUUGGUCGUGGCAAACUCUCAUGACGGCAGCUCGUACUCUCUGAACAGCGUCGUCUACAGGUGGCAGGGUUACGAGGGCUUCGUUCCGGUCCACAGUCUGCCGACGUUCGGCUGCAGAGACUGGGAACACUUCAGCACCGACGAAGGCUCCUUCCUCAUCUACUCCAGCGCCACCUCCAGGCUCAGCAAGGUCUUCAAACUCAGGACGUACUGAACGAGAGUCCACCCAACAGCUGGAGCUUCUACUUUAGAACACCCAGCAGAAGGUUUUAAAAGGUUUCAAAGCCUCAGUCUUCAGGCUCAGCGAGGUCCUCAAAAAGCAAAGUAACUCAGAUGGUUCAGAUCUUCAGAACUGAGCGAAGUCUUCAGGAUCCUGAGAUGCUUCACACCUCCAGCCUGUGGACGUUUCAGUAGUGGCUCAGUAAAGAUAAUAAACCUGAUUUAUACAUGUCGCACUUUUCUUAAACAGUUUCUUCAAAAGGUAAGUCACGCUAAGC